CGCCAGAAGUUGUCUCGCGGUCCAGUAGGCUUGCUCAGUUGCUUGCGAAAUUUACCUCAGUUCUGAGACACUUGAGUUGUGGAUGGUCGGGUUAUAUUGGCUACUUUUUCCGAACAACUGUUUCAAAAGGCAGUGUAGCUAGAAGUUCAGGGGCAAAUAACUUCAGGGAGGACAACAGCAAGCAAGGAUGAGUUCUUCGGAAGAGGAUGACUUUCAUGAUUUGAAGACCUAUUUCUCAAAGAUGGAAUGGGCCCAUCUAGUGAAAUGUGAGAAAGUACGGUACAGAAACUUGAAGAGGAACCACCUGGCUAUGCUUACUAUAGGGCUGAACUCCCCAGUACCUGCGUUUAUGAGGAGAGGCAGACCUAAAUUGGUGAACACCGCUCCGCUUCUUGCACCCAGUGACUCCGAGGAGGAUGAGUGGACCCCUCGACUGGAGAGAUGCCCACCAGUACCACGGAGCUUCCGACCCCCAACCAGGAGACCAGCAGCGUCUCGGGGAGUCCCUCAGCCUGCCACGCCUGCUACACCUACGGUACAGCAGCCCCCCAGCGGCGAGGAGGCAGGACCCAGUAAUAUGGGGACAGAACCCGCCCAGCCAUUAAUGGAGGAGCUGACUAAAGAAGUGGCCUUCCUCAGAGACGUCAGCAAAGUAGACACACACAGUGGAGUACAGGAGGGGCUAGGAGACAAUGAGGGUCAGAGUGAAGCGACCCCCAGCACCAGUGGAGGGGGGGCAGACACCCCAGCUGUCACUCAGGGAGGGGCUCCCUUGUUGCACCCCAAACCAUCAACCUCAGGCCUGUCUAAGAGAGAGUGUCUGGAAAAGCAGAAAGCGGAGCUGAACACUGUGACGUCACGAGAGGCUACACAGCUUUCAGCGGGAUUGCUCAAGUAGUGCAAGGAGACAAGGUUCAA